AUGGAUGAGGACACUGAAAACCAAAAGUAUCAAAUAAGGAAAGAUUCUUCUUCAGAAAAGUCAAAAGUUGAACUUCGCAGAAUUCAAUUAGAAAAACAAUUAAAAAUAACUCCAUUUCAGUCUGGACUUAGAUCUUCUUUAACUGCAAGAAAUAUUAAUAGAUUACCCCCACCAAAUAAUAAUUUAAAGAAAAAACAUCCACCAACAAACACUCCUUCCUACGAUGAUGAUGACGAUGUUUGUUUGUUUUUUUGGAGGGAGAGAUUUUAA